UUCAAGAUUUUUACAGUCGCACGGACGCCUCGAUGCACAAAUAAAAUUUAAAAUAAAUCGGGUGCAACGGCCAAUCGCGCAAACUGUGGCUCGAAUCGCAGAGUUUUAAGCUGGGAAAAUUCGAAAAAAUACGACAAAUAUAGUGCUUCGAGUCGGGUGUUUCGGGAAAGUGUGGAGAGGCGGAAAAGUGCAGUCGACACUGCAGUUCGGGGUUCCUUGGGAAAAGAGCAUCGCCCAGUGGUUGAGAAACCAGUUAAACCAAAGCCUCUUUUAAGGAGUUCUUCGCCAGAACCAACUAAUCCGCCAUGGGUCUCAACGGCUGCUGUUCGUGCGUCAAAUAUCUGAUGGUCCUUAUAAACAUUUUAUUCUGGCUCAUUGGCCUGACCAUCGUGAUCACCUGUGCUUGGGCGCUGACAGACCCCACCUUCAUGCUGUCGAUGGCAUCCUACCAUCAUUAUCACAUAGGCCUGUACGUCUUCCUCGCCAUCGGCAUACUGACCAUACUGGGCGCUUGCCUGGGCUGCUGUGGAGUCUGUCGGGAGUCGCAGUGUCUGCUGGUUUCGUUCUUCUGCGCCAUCCUCCUGGUGAUGGUGGCACAAAUCGCGGCCGGAGCCUGGGCAUUCCACAACAAAGAGAAGCUGGAUGACAUCGUGCGGGCGGCGGUCAAGUCGUCGGUUCAGGAGGAGUACGGCCGGUCCAGCAUGAGCUCGCGCACCGUCACCUUCGAUGCCCUGCAGAAGAACUUGAAAUGCUGCGGCGCCGAUGGACCUGGCGACUGGGCCACCAGUCGUUUCAACAAUGUGGAUCGCACAAAUAUUGUGGAGAUCGCCGUGUCCUCCAUGAAUGUGUUCUACAACAUACCGGAGUCCUGCUGCAAGGACGAUCUGAAGGAUAACGAGUGCGAGCUGUCGCGACGGCUGAAGUUCGGUGGUCCCCUGAACAACGCUAUUUAUCAGCAGGGCUGCGUGGACAAGCUGAUCGAGAUCGUUUACGAGAACUGGGUCACCCUGUUCGCCAUCACCGCCGCCGUCAUUCUGCUGGAGCUGGUGUCCCUGACCUUCGCCCUGAGCCUCUGCUGCGCGGUGAGGAACCAGCACUACAAGGCCUGAGAAUUACAGAACUCCCAUAGGGAAAUCACCGACGAUGAGAAGUACUAACAAACCAAAUCGAAACGGAUGCCUAGCGAGCGUUAUUACUGAAGACGUGUGUGCGGAAUGGGGGAAAGGCACUUAACGGCGACGGCUAGCGAGGAUAAUGUCCGGUGUUCCCCGGUCAAUACUUUAACAACAGCAACACAACUGACAACAACACAAUUUUGUAGUACUUUUAACAACAAGACAAGCGAGAACAACAACCACACGGAAAAGCUGAGCAAUUGUAUUUGAGAUGUGACAACUUUUUGUGGAACUUGUGGAAAGUUUUUUGAGUCACAACAUCCACUGGAGUCUCGGUAUCGACUUUAUAUGAACUUGAUAAGCCAGCAGAGCUAAAACAAAACAAAAAACACUUUUUUAACAAAACAUUUCUACCACAAAAACAAACACAGACAGUAAACAACUCCAUGUGUGUGAGAACAGGAUAAGCAGCUCCAUAAUACUUAGCCUAGCGAAAAGUUUCGAAUUCAUAGAUACAUACUAUAUAUUAAAUAUAUAGAUCAAAGCAUAAGCACAAAAGUAUAAUGUUAAUUGCCAAAAUGGAAUAAUGUAAAAAAGGAAGCCAUUAGAUUUCUUUUAAUAUUUUUUUUCCGUAUAAGACUUUCGAAACGAUUAGCAGUUUGGUUUUUUCUGUGGCCAUUUUUUGUAUGCUAACACAAUGCCAAAAGAUAUAUGAAUUCAUAUAUGAAACAGCAUUCCACAAGAAUGAGAAUGAUUGACAGAUUUUUGUUCUGGUUAUAACGCAUUGCCAUCCAAAGACCCAGCCCAAAAUACACGUAUUUUCAAAUCACUUCUUAACCUUGUGCAAACUGUUGUGCUAAAUAUCGAAUACCAACCAAUUCGUAGAGCUUCGCGAAAUUAAAUGCCAAAUAUUUUAUGUAUUUACAAAAUUGUAACCUAAUUUAUUUAUGACCUAUUUAUUUGAGCAUAAGCAAGGAGCAAAAGCAAAAUGUUAGAAAAUAUUAAGUAAGUGUUGGCCAUUCUGUUGACGAGCAGCAUUCUGUAAAUUUACAACCCAUACUAUCUAUGGUCCAUACUUGUAUUAUCGUAUCGAAAGAUUUUAACCCUGAGAUCAGCAAGGGCCUUUAAAUUAGUUUGAGUAAGUGUUGGACAUGCUGUUAAUUCGCAACCUUUUUGAACCCACACACUCGAAACGAAUUUGUUCGAAUCCAACUUACCUGCAUCGAAAUAUUUUAAAUUUAGAAGUCCAGAGACCAUGUGGGAAUCCGAGAAAACAGCACAAAAUGUUAAAUGAAAAGUACACACGAACGAAACAAAAAGUCUCUAUAUUUACAUUGUAUUUUUACCAUACACCAUAAACUAAUUGAGGGAUAUAUAUUUUUUGUAACAUUUUCAUUUUAUUGUUGUUAUAUGUGAAUUUUGUUGUUAGUUAAGCGUAGCCUGAACGUCACACUUUGUACCCCCCACAACGUUUAAAUAAAUUAAAUCUACAAAAACCAAAUCCAAGGACAAAAUUAUAUUACAUUUACAACAAGAAACACAAACAAUUAAUAUAAAUAUAUUGUAUUUAAAUUUACACACUAAAGUAAAUAUUUAUUUUAACAUUUCUUAGUAAGUAGUUACGUGCGGAAUUUCGUGAAGUUAAAUCAAAUAAAAUAAUUAUGAUCUAGCCUAAGAGAUAAACCUCGUACAAUUCACGUUCAUCGGUUGGCUUUGUAGCCAGGCAUUGAGAUGUUUAGGAAAUAAAGUCUUAAAAUUUAAAUGUUCUCUAAAAAUUAAGCAGCAUUGAACGUAGCAUAAUAUUUAUAGCACAAACUUCAUCCACAUCUAAAAUCAAAACCAACAAAUUUAAUCUACUCUUCGAAGAAAAAUACAAUCAACUCAGCAACUUCAUAACAUGCGAAAACUACAUAGUUUUUGUGGAAAGAAAAGCACAUUUAGCAAGGCAUCUAUCAUACAAUUGAGAAAAUUAAGCAAUAUAAACGAUGCUCAAGAUCUGUAUUUAACAACAAUGUAACAUCACAGAGGUGCGGAUAAUACUGAAUCAUUAUGAAUAAUUGAGAUACAUUAUAGAACAAGCGGCAUACAAACUGAUAUUUCAAAUAAAUAAACAUACAAUAAAAAUA